UUCAAAAACGCAGCUUGUCAAUUUCGAGUUUUAUGCAGUUCGUUUUAUUUUCGGGAAAACCUGCUGUUUAGCGUGGAUAUUGUGUGCUUUUCAAUGAAAUUUAUAUAUUGUAUUCCCGGUGACUUGUGUAAUUAGUGAACAAUGAACAGCACUGUAAGCUUGAAACGACAAAAUACUCUUCCUGGUGUACCAACGGUCGGUGCAGGUGAGGAGCAGUUAGAUGCAGCAAUUUUCUACUGCCUAAAUGCUCUCACCAAACGAAAUUUGCCAUCGGAACAGUUCCGAGCAAUUUUUGCCAAAGGCAUGUUUAUUAAACCGAAUACUAAAGCUUUUGUGCAUGUUAUACAUUUCUUGUUUAAUAUCUACGACGCAAAGGAAUUUCGAAAACGAUUCUACUGGCCUAUCUUUGAUAAAACGGCAGAGAACUCAUUUCGCAGCUCAACGGUGGAGUACAUAAACUGGCUGAUAGAGCAAGGGAAACUGGAGUUAGAAAAAAUAAAGGCUCACACUGUGGUGCUGCCGGGAGGAAUUAAAUUCAUGAAGUUUCUGCUGUCGCUGAUUACUUUUGUGCUUAAAGACCAGCUUCGACGAACUCGCAGCGGAACGGGAGGCAAGAUUGUUGCAAAAAGUGAUCUUGCACGGUUAAUUGCUCAUCACCAUGAGUGGGAGGAUGUUGGAGGGAGUAUGAGAGAGAUUAUGCAAAAGGAUUUGAGCUUGCUUAACGGUAGGAUUCAAGAAGUUGAUGAUCUUAUUGAGGAACUGUUUGAAAAUUGCCAUGGACCAGCGAGUCAGAUGAGUUUUGAAAAAUUGAUGCAACUCUGGGGGACUUUUAAUAGAACGUACUUUGAUGAUAAUGAGGGAAAGCGGCAACGUUUGACUGAAAUUACGAAUGAGUACGAUAAACUAAUAGCCUCUGCUAAACGGAAACUGGAGCCAAAGGAGAUCGCAUUAAAAAUCAAAGAGGACGAUUUGAAGGAAACGCUGUAUCGACUGGAAGUAUUAUUUCCUGAUAAUUCCUGCCAUUUUCGGGAGGUAUUCGAUGAAACUGGUAAAAUUGAUGCUGUUAAGAUGUUUGAAAUUUUUUCCUUCCUGCUGCCGGAAAUCGAACGGCACUUAACAAAUUUUUCGGUUCGUAGUAUAGAAUCCUUGAAAUUUGAGUUAAAGGAAUUGUCUAAAGUCGCAGUCAAAUCUGAUAAUAUAUGCCACGAAUUGGCAUCGAUGAGACGAAGUUUGCCUUUCAUGGAUGUCAAAUUUCAAGAACUUGAGAAUCAGGAAGAGACAGAUGAGCUCAACAACGAUUUAGGAAUAAGAAAUAAAAUCUUCAACACACCUCCAAUAUCGUUGAACUUUGAGGAUGACACUGACGUCGGGGGAGGACUUAAACCAGUUUCCAACCGCUAUCGAAUAGCCCUGUUAGAUGACGAUCAUGUUCAUCAGAUGAAUCUUCGAAUGCGACUGCUUUCAUCUAGUGUAUGCCAUCAGUUGCCAAAAACUCCACGUUCUGCGAAGAAAAAGAAACCUCAGCAGAGUCCAGACGGUGUUUUCGCCGUACCCAAGCCAGCUCGAAAAGAACGUAUGAAUCCACUUUCAAUGCUGAACAAAAUUACUGCCCAAGGCAAGUCGAAACCGAAACCUUCACAGCCCGCCAAUAGCACCAUGAAUCUUUCAUCACUAUCAAAUCUGGAUGAAAUAACGCUGCGGCCUGAAUUUUCAUCCACCCUUUUGGGAACUCCUGAAAAGCAAUCAUCUCACAAUCGGCGUAGUGUUAAUGCCAACGAAACUUUGGUAGUUCAGUCGCAAUUUGCUGUCCCAUCUGUGCAACAACAGCAGCUAGCAUUAACCACAUCGCAAUCCCCCACUUGUCAAGCACCGCCACGCUUCAAAACCAUCUACAGCGAGGACAUUUUCCAACAAACGACCACCACUAAAGCGACCAUGUCCCCGGAUUCGCUGUUUCUGUUGAGCCAAACUACUAAAACGACCACAACGCGGCGAAGGAGUUCAAUUGUACAUUUCGAACAGCUGCAAACGUCACCAUCUGGGAAGCUACAAGCCCUGGUGGCGGGAGAGGAGUCAGAGGGCAGUACAGCAACUUUCAAUGACAGUAUUAGCGGAGCAGAAACAAAAGACUAUCUAUGCGAGCUACCUCGAAUACGAAUAUCGGCGCUGGACGAGGUGGACUCCGGUAUUUGUGAAGAAAAUCGGUUAACUGAUGGGCUACGUCAUGCUGGCGAGGCAAAUGAUGAUGUGUUCGACAAGGAUGAUAUGGAAGGGACGUUGAAUCAGGAGCAAGACAGUAUAUCAUCCGAUUUCUCCAACACACUGGUUGAUCUGGGUUUCGAUAAGCUCUCUAUCGCCUGCCACCAUAAUCGAAGCACUGACUUGGAAAAGUCCCUCGUGAGCACUCCGAUGGAAACCAAUGAAGAAGAUCUGUUCAACGUCAGUGAUGGUAUUUUAGUAGAUAUCGAUUGACCGUUUCCAUGUGCGAAUUAACAGCGAAAGAUGAUGUAAAACACUACCCCUGUGAAAUAUUAUUUAACCGACUGCGGCCGUAUACUGAUCAAAAUAUAUAUUUAGACUUAUCUUUUUUAA